UUGUCCAAACUGUGAGUGUACUCUCAAUCUUCACUUUCUGUCUCCCUUCCCCCACACUCCCUUGUGUUAUCACAGCCCUUACCUUACCUGGCUGUGUGUGUUGUGCAGACACACCCGGUUGCUCCGUAUCAACCAAUCGCUGCUACAGGACAGAGACACCAAAGAGGUGUACUUCCUGUGUUUCGGGAGAGAAGAAUGGGGCAGGAGAGAGGAGAGAGUUUUGUGCUUUAUUUUGCCAGAGGGGGGUCCAUGCGGGCGGUCACUUCGGCAGUGUAGGGGAGGGAACAGGGCGAAAGACGUGGACGGACUUUUGCUUGAUUUAUUAGAGAUCCUUCUGUUCGGCAGCAGCCACUGGGAGGACAAGACAGAGAGAAGGAGGAGGGGAAAGAUAAGUGUCAAUCUGUUGAGACUUGUUUGGGAAUUUGAGAAAGGAGGGGAGGUGGGGAGAGAGAGGCAGCAAGAGGGAAAAGUAAGGCGAGCUCAGGCGUAAACAUUAAGUUUCUCACAGGAGUUGAAGAACUGAGAGAAAAAAGGCAGUUUUGAUUCAUUUUAAAGCAGCACAUUUGUAAUGUCAGCAUGACAACGUGAACACAGGGAAUGCAUUCUUGUGUGUUGUGCAAUCUCAUGCUUCUGAGCUGAGCUGGACUUAGAGGGGAGACCACAGAUCUCCCCAGGAUACAGCAUUCAGAGAGAAGGCCGGUAUCUUCAACAUUCUGCAACUUGCACUAAAGCAAUCUAGAUUGAUAAAUAAAACUACAGGUUCUCCAAAUUAUGCUACAAUGGGGACUAAAAGGCCCAGCGGCACCCUCUUUGACACUUUACCUAACAUAAACACAUCUGACCGCAAGCUUCAGCCAGGUGGAAAAAUCUCCCGGGAUCCCAGUCCAAGGCCAGCAAUGACUGCCCAGUCGGAGCGAGACAGAGACAGAGACCGAGCAAGAGAGGAAGACUGGAGGGAGAGGGAAACGGUGAAAAUGAGGGAAAAAGCAAGAUAUAAAGAUACGGAUCCACGAGAUAGAUACCCUGAGAGAGACAGAGCUCCCGCACCCCGGCCCAGAGAGGGGGAAAGAGAGUGGAGGGAGAGAGAAAGACGGCAGGAUGAUAACAGAAGCAAAAACGGGAGGCCGCUGUCGAAUUUGGAGAAGGUGCCAAUGAGAGACGUAAAUAGCGGGAUGAAUAAAGGCGACACUUUUCCCAGAAUGAGAAAAGGCAGCCCACGUCCAGGCAGAGGAAUGGCCCCAGAGGACUGGGAGAGAGAAAGAGAGAGGACAAGACAGAGGGAUUGGUACAGAGAGAGGGACAGAGAGGAGAUCCGAAGCAGAGGAAAAGAAGAGUGGAAAAAGACUGGAACAAGAUCUGCAGAAGAGGAGAAAUCAAGGAAGAGGGAAAGGUAUCUGGAGCCUGAUUCUAAAGACAGGACAAGAGAAAGGGGUGCUUCACGGGAGAGAAGAGAGAGGGAUGAAGGUAGAAAAAGAGACACACUGAGGCCCAACAUGAGAGAGAGGGAGGACAGGGGGCCUUCUCCACACAGAAGAAAAGACAAAGAGAUCUACCCGGACAGGAAAGAGAUGGAGAAAAGGAGAGUGGGAAGGAGGGACACCAGGAGUGAGGGCGAUAGUGACGAGAGAGAUCGGAGGAGGGAAAAAAUGAGGGACAAAGAGAAGUUGACAUAUAAACAGAGCAUAAGUGAGGGGGACGAGGGCGGAACGACGAGGGAGAGAGAUCGAGAUAGGCAGCGACACAGGGAGCAGGACAGACAGGGGUACAGAGACGGGGACCGAUCCAAGAGGAAGGAAGGUGAGAGGUACAGAGACAGGAGAGGAGACGGGCAGGAAGACAGGUGGAAGGAGGGUGUGAGAGACAGGAGAGAGGCAGACAGAUACAGAGAGUAUGAGCAGAGAGGCAAAGGGGAAACUAAGGAAAAAGGGCCAGAUCAGAGGAGGGAUGAUAAGACAGACAGAAAAGGCAGAACCCAGAGCGAGACGGCUCCAAGGGUGCCCCCACGAGCCCAGAGCAGCGGAGAGUGGAGCAGCGACAUGGACAGUGAGACGAGAUAUAGAAGAGGCAGGGACAGCUAUGAAGAGAGUGUAGAAGAACAGAGGAACCCAGCUGCUGCGAGAAGUCAACCAAGAAGUGAGAGAGACAGAGCAGAGAUGACGGAGGGGAGGAGGAUGUGGUUACCGCCACAGAGUGGCAAGAAUAGUAAAGACAGAGAGAGACACAUGAGGAGAGGAGAAGACGAGAGGAGAUUUGAGUCACAGGCCGAGUGGGAAAGAGAGGGGCGGCGGGUAAAAGAGGAACCAGAUGAGAGGUAUUUGGGCGAAAGCAGUAGCAGAGGAAGACAUGAGGACAGGGGGGACAGAGAGAGGGAGACGGAGGGUGUAAGUGUAGAUGGGGAGGAGGUGGGUGAAGUCUGGAGAGAAGAAGUUAGAGGACGUUUGUCUGACAGCGAUGGAGGGAUAGAGGGAGGCCGGCGGAGGGAUGCAGAGGGUGAGAACGUGACAGAUAACACAGAGGAGAGUGACAGAGAGGAAGAGCUUGGGAGUGAUUAUUCGGGCCGCUCUGAAAACGAAGGAGGAAGUGGUACAGGGUGGAGGCAAGAGAGAGACAGAAUGCUGUCUCAAGAGGGCAGUUUUAACACGGCGUCCAGCGGCGGAGAAAGAGAGGAUGACGAAGAAAAGUUUAUGGAAUGCCAGGAAUCCUGGGAAGGUGCAUGUGAUGAGCCCUCACCUGGUGCAGUGAGGAGAGACGAGGAGGGGAAAGGGGAAGGGGUGAUGGGAAAGGAGGAGGCGGUAGAAGAAGAGGAAGAUGGCCAGCAGCCAAGGCCUAAAGUCUAUUGUGUGAUUGGGCAAACGCUCCCGAGGUCAACAACCGGCAAGAAGUCAGAGUCACAAGUUGAGCAGAUGGGAGGAGUGGAAAGAAACAACCAGGAUGUAGAAAGCCGUCAUCGCUGCAGGGAUGAGGCCACACAGCAACCUCAUGAUGACCUGCAAGGGACAGGAAGUAGAAAUGACGAGAAGCCGAUCAUCAGCAACCAAGACACGGAGAGGAAGAGCGAGUGUGAUGUGCCAGGAGAAACAUCUGAGGUGGACGUCAGAUACAGAUCAGAGGGCAUGAAGAGCAAAGCGGAGAACCCGUACGCCGAAAUAGGGACGGUUAAAAGAGACUCGCAGACUGAGAAACUCCUCACACAGUGGAGAGAGAAAAAUAAAGAACCGCUGGAAGGAGAGACACUCCCGAGUAAUCCUUAUGGUGAUGUUGGCUCUCAGGUGAAUUUUGAACAAAUCCAACCCCUCUUGGAAGGGAUUAACACCGGAGCAAUGAGCCCAGAGGAGGUGGAGGCCAUUCGGAUCCGGAUGAGCGGGGCAUGGAGCAUGUCCGAGGAGCCUAAGCGCCAUUCCCAAGCCCCCCACCUUAAAUGGGCCAAAAAUGUGGUGCGGGAGAUCCUGGGGCGCUCCGAGGAAAAUACUGUUGACGAACCUAAUGCAGAGGUAGAACAAGGGGUCGAACGGACUGACGCAGCCAUCCAAAACGACAAACGAGAGGAGGAGGAAGAGAUUGGAGAGGUGCCUGAAGAGCACACAGAUCCAGAGGAGGAGGAAGAGCCGUUGGAGGUGGAGGGAUUGAGAGAUGAGGAGGAUCGCAGUAAAAGCUGGGGAGAAGUAGAGCUGAGGAACGUUUUGGACACAAUCGACAGACGGAAAAGGAAUUCAAGGUUUUUCAAUGCCGCCCAGCUCUACCAGCAGUACAGCGAGGCCGCCCAGAACUUUGAGAUCCUGCGCCAGGCUCGCUCCGAUGUCGUCUCUGUGUGCGAGGACAACACCCCGUCCCCCGCCCCCUCACCGCCUCCCGCCCGCAGACCUCUUCCUCCACUUCCUCCUGUCCCGCAUCCCCACUCUCUUUCCCACACCUGCUCCCUCACCAGCGUCAAAAGCUUACCGCUCCCCGAGCCACACAGGAGCGAAGGCAGGCCUUCCUCUCCACGUCUGUCCAUCGCUCUCACACAGUCGGCGACACUGUGGCGAGAACUGCCGGGCGUCAGGAACAGCACCGAGCUGGAGGUGCUCUCAGAGGACGAGAGGAGACUACAGGAGGUGAGAUUUGAGGUGGUGACCUCUGAGGCCUCCUACUGCCGCAGUUUGGACAUUGUUGUCGAACACUUUGUCAAAUCCAAACAGCUGGGGGCGCUGUUGACUACUCAGGACAGGAACUGGCUCUUCUCACGGCUCGCUGAUGUUCGAGCCAUCAGUCAUAGUUUCUUAUCGAAGCUGGAGGAGCGGGUGGAAACAGACAUCAUAAACUUCACCGUGUGUGACAUCAUCGCUCGCCACUGUCAGCGCUUCAAAAUGGUCUAUGUGCCCUACCUCACCAACCAGUCGUAUCAGGACGCCACCUACCAGAGACUCAUGAAUGAGAAUCAAGGCUUCAGGCGGAUUGUGGAGAAACUGGAGAGGAGUCCCGUCUGUCAGAGGCUUCCCCUUCGUUCCUUCCUCGUCCUUCCCUUUCAGAGGAUCACAAGAAUUAAGCUGCUGGUCCAGAACAUUGUGAAGAGAACAACUCCUGGUACUCCCGAGGCGACUCAGGCCAUCAAAUCAAUGAAACUUCUAGAGAAGCUGAUUCAAGAGAGUAACGACAGCAUCACGCAAAUGAAAAGCAUCGAGUCGCUGGUGUGUCUCAGUGCCAAGGUGGACUUUGAGUGCAGGACUCUUCCUCUGAUCAGUCAGUCUCGGAGGCUGGUGCGGGAGGGCCCGGUCACUGAACUGAUGGAUUUCUCUCUAAAGGACACGGAGAGGAAUAUUUAUUUGCACCUAUUCAAUGACUACUUGCUACUUUCACUACAAAAAGAAGGGGGAAGGUUCACAGUCAUAGACCACGCUCCUGUAUCAGACCUGCGUGCCGAGAACUGUCGUGUCAAACUUCACUCCCUCCAGAAGAACCUGUUCCGCCUGCACCUGACACAAAGAGCCCUGCUGCUACGGACUGACACACAGAGUGAUAAGCUACGCUGGAUAUCCGCUCUUUCUCGGCCGCAUUCUGAGAUCGAUUUUUCAGCUGCACAAGAUUUCACACAGAUGCAGUGUAUCCGAGCUAUUGUUGCCCAGCAGCCUGAUGAGCUGUCGUUGGAAAAAGCUGAUAUAAUUUUGGUGCACCAACAAAGCAGUGACCAUUGGGUAGAGGGGACCAGACUGUCCGACCGGCAUCGUGGAUGGAUUCCCGAGUCGCAUUUGGAAACCAUAACCAACUCUAAAAUAAGACAACGAAACCUGUCAGAUGCCCUCAAACUGACGACAGCCACUGCUGCUGUUUGACUAGGACACUCAGAGUAAACAAAGGGACGCCCUGGAUGCCCCGUGAAAGAUCAGUUGCCUGUUUCAAACUGCUGGAAAAUGGACUAUGGACAUUCACUGCUCCGAAUGGGGAUUUCUGUCAUUGAAUUGUUCACAAUAGUGCAGCAACUGAAAUGCUGUGAGAAUGCAUUGCAAUGUAGCGUUAGGUUGUUUCGCUCAGUGGAACAAUAUAUUGCCUUAAGCAAUGCUUGAACAGCUGAGGCCUGCCUGAAAGACAUUAAGGACAUUGUGACUCUAUUAACUGUUUUAUACAGUACAUUGCAUACAUUGUGUGUGCUGUAAGGCAGCAUUAGACUGGUGUUUUAAGAGAACAUGUUUUUUUAAGGGAAACCACCCUUCUCCAAGAAAUGCUGUGUUUGGAAAAUGUGUUAUUAUUUGUGUAUAUUGAAGAGAAUCUAACAGUUGAGUGUGUGUGGUGCAUGUCUACUAAAAAGUUGGCCCCUGCAUGUAGGAGACCUGACGGAAAUCAUGCAAAAAUGUACAAGAUGGUUAAAAGUUGUACAGAGCUCAAACAGUGAGGACAUUUCAAUGAAUUCAGAUCGGUGGAAUAAA